AUGGCAGAAUAUCUGAGUACCUGGUACUCUCCAAAUGCUCAUACGAAACAAGGUACAUACUCUCGACCUGACAAGAACCCCGCAAUCACUUCACUCACUGUUCGUAGCAACUUUGCAUUUCCAGCUGCUCAGUAUGCAUUCCAGGAGGGACUAAACCGAUUUGGUUCGGUUCUUACCAAAGACUCUGAGAAAGUUGGGUUUUCGCAGGGGUUCUCCAGCAUACAAGACAUACAAUUGUUGGCACAGGACUCAUUCGCUAAAUACUCGGAUGAGAAGCGCUUCCCGAAAGCUAAGAAAUGGCUUCAAAGGGUCACAUCUAAGAUACAUCACUAUGGAAACAUUAUGGAUGUUUUAGUUCAACAUCAUCCUGAGUAUGUUUCCCUUGCUUGGGGAGCUAUGAAGAUGGUACUAGUGUCUGCUCAGAAUCACGAGGCGACGAUAUGUCUAAUCUCAAAAGCCCUGUCCCAAAUCGCAGACUCGUUACCCCGCGUCGAGCUUAUCACUGUUCUCUAUCCCACAGACCGUAUACGGCAAGCAGUCAGCAAUCUUUACGCCAAUCUUGUAAGAUUCUUCAUUCGAGCUCACGAAUGGUGCCAGGAAGGCACCUUUCGUCAUCUUCUUCAUAGCAUCACUCGUCCUCCUGAACUCAGAUACCAAGACCUUCUUGAAGAUAUCGCAGCCAACUCAAGAGAAAUCGACCAGCUGGCUGCUGCAAGUGCCCGGGUGGAGAUCCGCGACAUUAGUCUCAAACUCAACUCCAUUGUUGCGAAACUGGACAAUUUUCAAUCCUCCUCGUCAAGAGCCGUCAUUCAGACGAAUGAGAGUAUAAUCGCCAGGCUGGACUCAUUCCAAGCUCUGCACUCGAGUGCACUACUGGACACAAAUCAACGGCUGUCGGAUCUUCAGUUUUCCCAGAUCAUGUCACAUAUUCAAGAUGGAAAGCUUGGCGAUCCGUUAGAAGCUUUCCGAUAUAAUGUGUCGGUGCAGAUACGCCACGACCGUGUGAGAGUAUAUGAGACCACGAAUGAGUUCUGGCAGUCACCCAAGUUACAUGCAUGGUCUACCGCACCAGAGUCAAGAGUGGCCAUCGUCAAAGGCGGUCUUCGUGCGCGCCACGCCUCGAGGAAGUUUUGUGUCAACAUCAUCCAGCAACUGCAAUCCAAGCUCAUACCCGUCGUAUGGGCUUUGCGCGGACCACAAAAUGACUCUCAAGAUGGCAGAGCUUCAAGCACAGAUUUGUUCAAACAUCUCAUCCUCCAAGCAUUCAAGUUAUCUCAGGACUAUACAACUGAGAUUGCGAUGUCUCUUCAAUGUGCACAAUUCCAUAGAGCCAAUGUCGAGCAAGAUUGGUUACAACUUCUCGCCUCGGCACUACUUCGGGCACGAACUCAGAUCUACUUGGUCAUUGAUCUGGCCGUUAUAGACCAUAGCCUUCUACCAGCAGAAGGGUUCUCAUGGUUCACAGCAUUCCAAAGUUUGUUCUCAGAGAUGGCCAAACGAGCACCCAGACUACAGGCGAAAGUGCUACUUAUUGGAAAUAGUAUGAGUUUCGGGGCGUCGGAAGAUAGUAGUAUACCAUCCAACGUUUUGAUACCGGUCAAGGUGACACAAACACCUGUCCGCCGACGGAGAAAGAUGGAGCCGCGUGUGGAAGCUUACCAACGGAAAGGGUACCCGAAGUUCUAA